UCAGAGCAAAAACAGAGCCCUAGAGAGAGAAAGUGCGAAGAACACAUCCUAGAAGCUGUCCUAGAGCUGGAUUUCAUCGAAUCGAGCCUGGAGAUCGUCAUAGGAGAGUGGAAAUCAUCGUCCCGGAGUAGAUUAUCCUCAUCGUUAUGAGUAUGACUAAUCCGAUUCUUGUUUUCUCUUCUCUCUCUAUGGAGUAGAACCCUUCUCUCACUUGGGUAUGAAGAACCCUAGUUCCUUGUGUUAGGGAUUUGAUUGUAAUGACUUGGG